AUGGAACAGAGAGGCACAAAGUCAGGGCAUGCAAGUAGGAGCCAGGGAUCCGGAGAGGGCCCGGGCCACGCUGUGGCCGCUCCCACUCGGCGCCUGGUCCCGAGGGCUGAGGCCCAGAGGCCCAGCUGGCCGCUCUGGCCGUCCGCCUACCCGGGUCCACCGGCCCUCUCACUUGGUCCCAGUUGGCCCUGGGACUUCGCGGCGCGGACUCUGCACGCCCAGCAGCGGCGGCGGGGGGAGCUAGAGGCUCACGAUGAGCCCGGGACGCGAGCCGGCCGCGCCGGCGGCACGGAGCUGAGCAGCGGCGGGCGCUGCGCGGACCCCGGGCGCACCCGCUGCCCGCGGGGCCGCGGACCAGCCGAGGAAGUCGCGGGGAGACGCUGCUCCGCGGAGAGGGCUUGGCGCGCAGGCGCGGCGGGCCAGAUGCGGGAUUCACGGGUGACCAGGCGAGGCGCUGGCGGCCCGGUCCUGUCGCCGCGAGCCCCGGCUGACCGCGCGGCCCGCCCCUCCCCGCGCGGCUCUCCCGCGCUCACCCCAGGGUCGAGGUCAGGGCCGGAGUCGCGCCUGGGCUCCCGCGGCCACCCCCCGCCGCAAACGCCCGCCAGGCCCGACCUACUCACCGCGCCUCCUGGGGGCCCGCCCGGGGCGACGGCUGCCCCCGCCCCCGGCGCGCAGGCCGCCCUCCCCGCCGCCCGGGCAGGUGCGCUCGGCCCCCCGGCCCGGCCCCGCCAGUCCCGGGGGCGGCCCCUUCCGGAGGGCGGCCUCCCGGCCGAGUGCGCCGUCCUCGGCCGCCCCGCAUUGCUCUCCCCAGCGCGCGCUGUGCGGACUCGCCUCGGAGUCUUCGGGCGCCGCGGAGAAAUGCCUGCCCCCGAAAGGGAGGGGCUUUCCCCAGAAAAACCUAAGGUGUAUCAAGGUGUCCGGGUGAAGAUCACGGUGAAGGAGCUGCUGCAGCAGAGAAGGGCACACCAGGCAGCCUCACGGGGAACUCUGUCCGGAGGCAACAGUGUCCACCUUUCAGACCCAGUCCCACCAUCUUCUGCAGGACUGUAUUUUGAGCCUGAACCAAUUCCUUCCACCCCCAAUUGUUUCCAACCCCGAGAAUUUUCCAGUUGUGUUUCUUGUGACGAAAACCCAGGCUUCCUCGACCAGAUAUUUGAUUCCUACCUUCAGACAGAGACACACCCGGACCCUUCGCUUAAUUCCAUGCAAAGUGCUGCACACUAUUUCCCAGACAGCUUCCCAGCUGCCCCUUGCUGCUUUACCCAGAGCCUGACCCCAGGAUCGGCUUCAGAUUCCUCCACUCUUUCUGGCUCCUUAGACUACAGUUACUCUCCCACUCAGCUACCAUCAUAUGCUCCAGAGAAUUACACCUCUCCGCCUUCUCUGGACACCAGAAACUGUGGCUACCCCUCGGAAGACUACUCCUCCCCUCACCUGCCCUCACAGACGCAGUACGACUGCUUCUCGGCCACCACCUCCGUCUGCUGCUGUGCAUCCUGUGAGGCAGGACACCUGGACCCCUUCAGAGCUUCCGAGUAUUUUUCCUACCCCAGCACAGACUAUGUGAACUUCGCUCCCUCAGCAGCAGCAAGCAGUGAUUCCUAUAAGAGGGAAGCAAACUGGGACAUCUGCUAUAGUUAAUAGAAAUUACAUUAAUUUGGAACACGGCAUGCAUACGUCUAUUUUUUUGCCACCUCUAGAUGACAGCUCGAAAUAUGCAACCUGCUAACAAAAUAUCACAGGCACAGUUUACACGUCACCAUUUUUGACUGUCUAACACUAAUUUAGGCAGUAAUAUGAAGUCCUCUGACCCAGUCAUCAUGCCACUCCUACUUUGUAUGCUUACAGUUGAAAUUUUUGUAGGGAACAUUCAGUUGUUUUACU